AUGUUUAGACAGUGUGCAAAAAGAUACGCAUCUUCACUACCCCCAAAUGCCUUGAAACCUGCAUUUGGCCCACCAGAUAAAGUGGCAGCCCAAAAGUUCAAGGAAUCGUUAAUGGCUACUGAAAAGCAUGCUAACAACACAUCUAAUAUGUGGGUUAAGAUCUCGGUGUGGGUUGCCUUACCAGCCAUAGCUUUAACUGCUGUGAACACAUAUUUUGUUGAGAAGGACCAUGCAGAGCAUCGUGAACAUUUGAAGCAUGUCCCAGAUUCCGAAUGGCCAAGAGAUUACGAAUUUAUGAAUAUUAGGUCCAAGCCAUUUUUCUGGGGGGAUGGUGACAAAACCUUAUUCUGGAAUCCUGUGGUUAAUAGACAUAUCGACCAUGAUGACUGA